AUGGUAUUGUCAAAAAGUUUUGACUGUUAUAAAGUUCUCAAUUUAAAUAAAGAAACAGCUACUGAAAGUGAUAUUAAAAAAGCAUAUCGAAAACUUGCACUUCAAUUCCAUCCAGACAAAUUACCACAAGAUGCAACACAGAAACAAAAGGAACAAGCCAAUGCCACCUUUCAACAAUUGAGCAUGGCAUAUGCAGUUCUGAGUGAUGCUAAACGUAAAUCACGGUAUGAUAAAACAGGAAGUAUGGAAGAAAGUGAGUUUGAUGAAGAUAAAGACUGGGCUGCUUAUUUCAAAGAACUAUGGACUGGCGUAGUCAAUGCGGAUACGAUUGAAGAACAAAAAAAGAAAUAUCAAGGCUCGGAUGAAGAAAAAAAAGAUUUACUAAAGGCUUAUGAAAGUUGUAAAGGAAAUAUGGAUCAAAUCCUUGAAUUAGUUGAAUGUUCUACGGCUCGAGAUUGUAAAAGAUUUGAGAAGAUAAUCCGAUCUGCUAUUAAAGAGAAGCUUGUCACUUUCUAUCCUGCACUUGAUAGCACAACCACUCCACGUGCACAUAAAAAACGUAUUGAAAAGGAAUUAAUGGCAGAGCGUCAAUUUUUGGCUGAACAAGAAAAAGAUAAAGACAAUAAGAGUGACAAAGAAUGUUCACUUUUAGAAUUGAUUCAACAGAGAAAUAAGGAUAGACAAGCCAAAAUGGAUUCAAUUAUUGAGACAAUUGAAGCUUCUGCUAAAAAAGAAAAUAAAAAACGUAAAGAUCAAGAAAGAGAAGACGAGAGAUUACCAACUGAAGAAGAAUUUCAAAGGCUUCAAAGAAAGCUAUUUAACAAUAAGAAGCAAAAAAAAUAA